GAAUUUUCUGGUGUUGGAGUUGAUGCAUCUUUGCAUUGCUAUAGUUUUUCGAGGAAACUAUACUUUGUUUGGUUCGUGAAAAAGCAACGGAAAAUUCAGUUUAUGGAAUAUCAGUUUUCUGAUCAAAUUUUCAACUCAAAAAGAGACACAAAGUGCUGGAGUAACUCAGCGGGGUGAGGGGGGGAUGAGUAAACUAAGGAGUCACAGAGAGAGUGGUCUCUGCGGAAAGCAGAGCGAGGCGGGGUCGGAAAAAUGGGACUGGGAUUGUUCAGAUGAAAUCUAAUCCAUUUGAUUUUUCUAGAACGUGAAUGUAACCACCUACUCUCAUUGUAGGCCCUUGUAUCCACCUGUGCUAAACUGAAGCCUUUGGUGGUGCACUGUACACCAAGUAUUGCAUGAGAAUGGAGGUGGUCUUGGAACUUGCAUCCUUUUGACCUGAAGGUGAGGCAAGAGCCAUCGCAAUGUUGUCGUGUUUCAAGGACAUCUUUCAUGGUGACCCGAAAAACGUGAAUGUUUUGUGGGAACGUCUUUACAAAAAGCUAAAUGUUCACAAAGAUGGCCGUGUGGAUGUCCAAGACCUGAGGGAAGAACUGGAACAAAUUGGAAAGGAUGGCUUCGACGGAAGAGACUUUGAAGCAUUCCGGAAAUAUCUGAAGAGCCGGCAAAAGAAAUUGAAACUUGGCUUCGGGAAAAUCGCAAAUGAGACAACCGGCAAAGUUGGAACAUUGAAAAUUAUUCAUGUCAUGGGAAAACUACAUGUCAGUCUUGGUCUCUACCAAGCGAAAAAGAUUAAACGACACUUGGACAACGAUAAAUAUAUGGACAUGGACUGGAACGAAUGGUGGAAAAUCUAUGUAACAGACAAAGAGGAAAAUAUGCUAAAAAUGAUUGAUGUCUGGAGAAAUAAUAGUAUCUUUUCUAUCAACGACGAUAUAACCAACUGUGAUGAAUUCUUGGAGAAUCAGGAACCAGAGAAGUGGUGGGGGCAUCUGAUUGCAGGAGGCACAGCUGGAGCUACUUCACGAACUGUCACCGCCCCUUUUGAUCGUCUAAGAGUGCUAAUGCAGGUAUAUUCUACACGAGAGAACAAGAUGAAUAUAUUUAGUGGCAUAAAGCAAAUGAUAGCAGAAGGAGGUUUCAGUUCAAUGUGGAGAGGAAAUCUAACUAACAUUAUCAAAAUUUGCCCAGAGCUUGCCAUUAAGUUCAUGGCUUAUGAAGAGCUAAAAGGUAUAAUUGCAGCAGAUCCACAAAAUCUGCAAAUGAAAGAGAGAUUCCUUGCAGGAUCAAUGGCUGGUGCAGUUUCUCAAUCAGCCACCUAUCCCGCUGAGAUGGUGAAAACAAGAAUGAUGUUGCGCAAGACAGGAGAGCAAAGAGAACUCUACGCCAUGGUCAGGAAUAUCUUCAUGUAUGAAGGUCCUUCCACUUUCUUCAGGGGCUACGUUCCAAAUAUCAUGGGAAUUGUUCCAUAUGCUGGCAUUGACCUGGCAGUGUAUGAGACACUGAAGAACUUAUGGAUAGAGAGAUAUGCCACAGGCAGUGACAGGCCCCAUGUGUUACUGGUGGUGGGUAGUGCCUCAGCUUCCAAUAUAGUUGGUCAGCUGGCUAGUUACCCAUUGCUCGUGCUACACACUCACAUGCAGGCAGAAGUGAUUAAAAAGGGAAUGAGAAAACCACGAUUGCGAGAAUACUUCUGGAAUAUUCUGACAAACGAUGGCUUGCCCGGCUUCUAUCGUGGAUUCACUGCCAACAUGAUCAAAGCCAUUCCAUCUGUGUGCAUCAGCUACAUUAUGUAUGAAUACCUCAAGACAACGCUGGGUCUCCGCUCCCAUUAGGACUCGUGACCUGACAGGACAUGGCGGUAUUUUUUAUUUUGUUCAACUGUAACUCUGUACUCAGUCAUAUACCUCAAUGCUCAAUGCACUUAUUUUAAAGAAAAGCUUAAAAAUAAAUGAAUGUCAAUUAUUUUCAUUGUUUGAGAAUGCCUUAUUUAGACAGGAAUUUCUUUCCGCAUGAUUGUUCGCUGACUUGUGCAAUUCAUGAAUGAAGGGGAAAGUGAUCCAGAGAAACAGGUAACUUGUUAGAGCUGUGACUCCCAGGAUAAUGCGAGUUAAUUGUAGAUUUGUCUUCCCGUAUUCUGUUCCUCAGACCUUCCAAUGAUUUCAAUUCCGGCCACAAGUUUAACCCCGAUUGGCAGUCGCUCCACUGUUGGCAGUCGCCCCUUUUAAUCUCUUUGAAAAUGUUUGCCAUUUUAUAAAAUUGCGCAUGCUUGGGUGCACUUAUGUCAAGUUUUGUGCAAGGAUGAUCAAGUGGUGGCACAGCAGUAGAGUUGCUGCCUUACAGCGCCAGAGACCCAGGUUGGAUCCUGACCAUGGGUGCUUAUCUGUAUGGAGAUUGUACAUUCCGUGACCUGCAUGCGGCUCCCUCCUACGCUCCAAGGACGUGUAGGUUCAUUGGCUUGGUUAUAAAAUGUUUUUUUUUAAAUUGUCUCUAGUGCGCUAGUAGGAUAGUGUUAAUAUGUGGGGUUGCUGGUCAGUGCGGACCCAGUGGGCUGAAGGGCCUGUUUCCGCGUCUUAUCUAUAAAACUAAAAACUAAAAGUAAGCUCUCGUGAAGGAUCAGUGAAGAGUUUUCCUUCAAUGAAAGAGGUAUUCACAUGCAGAUCUUGCCAUUGUCUUAUCUGCAAUAAUGAUGCACUGUUUUAAUGUAUCUGACCCCUGAAUGCUGCUCAAACCCAAGGAGGUAACAUCACGAUCGUCCAUGUGAAACUUGCUCGAUAUGAGAAAGUGGAAUUGAGAAAUGUUUUUUUUUCUGGCAUUAGAUAGAAUUAAAAGAGGUAGCAGUCAGCACUUCAAGCUGGAAGGAACGUGAUGUAUUGACAUGUGGAGUGCAGGUAGGAGUCUUGUGCAGGUCUUAUGCAUGGAGUUUACAGGUGAAUGACCAUUAGAACAUUGACUUUAAAUGCUAAUUCUCCUACUGAUUCCUGAUUUGCUGAGUAUUUUCAACAUAUUCUGUUUCUAUUUCAGAUUACAUGAAUCCACAUCGAUUUGCUUUUGUGUAAUCAAAUGUGGGUCAAAUGACUUUCUGCUUUAAACGCGUGGUCAUCAGUCUUAAGAGCUUGCUGUGCCCAAAUCUGACGGGUGCACCAUCUACACUGAGAAGUACUUAAUUGGCUACGAAGCAUUGUUGGACAACCUGUGACAAUGAAAGGUGCUACAUAUAUAACACACGUAGCAAGCAGACUGAUUGGGCAACUUCCAUUGGAAAUAGAUCUGAAAUGUUCCAUGAGGAAGCUUACCAAAGAAAAUAUGUGGGCAUCACUGCUCAGGUGAGUGUGCUUUAUUUUGUUGCUGUGAGGAAGUUGGAGUUUGAUACAACUCCAGCCACUUUGAAGAGAAGAACUAACCGUACCGCUAGAACCAGGCCAGCUCCCACAGUCUGUGUUCAGAGUCUCCAGGGAUCGGACCAAGACUUUCUGGUCGUCCUCCGGCAAGCUGUUGAGGUCGGAGGCCAGCAAUGUGCCGGUGCUGCCGUGGACCAUGUGGAUUCCAUCCGGAC